AAGCUAAGCAACUAGAAAACCGACAUAUGUGUAGCUUAUAAAAUCUUUAGCUAAAUUUGAGCAUCAGAGUCAUGGAUGCUUUUCAGUUCAAAACUAUUAUUUCAGGCAUUCUUGCCCUGCUAGCAUGCGCCUUGUUUUAUCAAUUUAAGAAAACACUUUGUGGCAAUACAAAGAAGAUCUGUAGGGCACCUCAAGCAGCAGGUGCAUGGCCUAUCAUUGGCCAUUUGCACCUCUUCAAUGCUCAUCAACUCACACACAAAACACUUGGCAAAAUGGCUGAGAAACAUGGUCCAAUUUUCACAAUAAAGCUUGGUUCAUACAAAGUUCUAGUAUUGAGUAGCUGGGAGAUGGCCAAGGAGUGUUUCACUGCCCAUGACAAAGCAUUCUCCACCAGACCCUGUGUUGCAGCCUCAAAGCUAAUGGGCUACAACUAUGCCAUGUUUGGUUUCACUCCUUAUGGCUCGUACUGGCGCCAGGUGCGAAAAUUAACCACCAUAGAGCUUCUUUCUAACAACCGUCUUGAGCCACUCAAGGACACAAGAACGGUUGAGUUAGAUGCUGCAAUAAGGGAGCUUUAUAAGGUUUGGACAAGAGAAGGUUGUCCAAAGGGAGGGGUUUUGGUGGAUAUGAAGCAGUGGUUUGGUGAUUUGACUCAUAAUAUUGCUCUGAGAAUGGUGGGAGGGAAGUCAUAUAGUGGGGUUGGUGAUGAUGAUCAUGCAGAAGGUGAGGCAAGAAGGUAUAGGAGAGUUAUGAGAGACUGGGUGUGUUUGUUUGGGGUGUUUGUGUUGUCUGAUUCAUUUCCAUUUCUGGGGUGGUUGGAUAUCAAUGGAUAUGAAAAGGAUAUGAAGAGAACCGCCAGUGAAUUGGAUGCUCUGGUUGAAGGGUGGCUUGAGGAACACAAAAGGAAAAGGAAAAGGAAAAGAGGUUUGAGUGUGAAUGGAAAGGAAGAACAGGAUGAUUUCAUGGAUGUCAUGCUGAAUGUUCUGCAGGGUACAGAGAUUUCUGGUUAUGAUUCAGAUACCAUCAUCAAGGCUACUUGCCUGAAUUUGAUUUUAGCAGGAACUGACCCCACCAUGGUCACGCUAACAUGGGCACUAUCUCUGCUACUUAACCAUCAAAUGGAACUUAAAAGAGCCCGACAUGAACUGGACACUCUUAUUGGGAAGGACAGGAAGGUGGAAGAAUCUGACAUAAAGAAGUUAGUGUACCUCCAAGCUGUUGUGAAGGAAACUCUGCGCCUGUAUCCACCAAGUCCCAUUAUCACCCUUCGUGCCGCCAUGGAAGACUGCACCUUUUCAUGUGGCUAUCACAUUCCUGCUGGCACACAAUUAAUGGUGAAUGCUUGGAAGAUCCACAGGGAUGGUCGUGUUUGGAGUGAACCUAAUGAUUUCAAGCCUGAGAGGUUCUUGACAAUCCACAAAGAUGUUGAUGUAAAGGGUCAGAACUAUGAGCUCGUCCCUUUUAGUUCUGGAAGGCGAGCAUGCCCUGGGGCCUCGCUCGCUCUGCGUGUGGUGCACUUGACCUUGGCUAGACUCUUACAUUCUUUCGAUGUUGCUUCUCCUUCAAAUCAAGUUGUUGACAUGACAGAGAGCUUUGGACUCACAAAUUUAAAAGCAACCCCGCUUGAAGUUCUCCUAACUCCACGUCUAGACACCAAAUUUUAUGAGGACUAUAUUAUAUUAAGCUAGGUUCCUCAAAAUAUGUGCAGGAAGCCUCUGGGUUCUGAAAUCGGGGUUUUCCAUCUUGUAAUAACAAUAACAUGUUUAAUUAAGUUGCACUGUAUUAUGAUAGCUGGUGCAAUUUGUAGUAUUCUGAUAAUUCCGAACUUGUGUAAAAGAUAAAUGAAUCGAAUGAGUAACCUUCACGAAUAUUAUGUCUUUUU